AUGACAUUUUCUAUAAAUCCAUUGUUUGGUUUAGUAUUGUUUCCAUUAAUUAUAGUUGUGCACAGUAUUUUAUUUAAAUCUAAACUUGAAAAAGAUAAUUUUACUAAAGAAGCUUUAAUAAUUUCUUCUGCUAUAACACCUUUAUAUUCUCUUUACUGCUUAUUAUUGGGUCAUGAGGAUUUUUCUUCUAUUUUAAAUGGUUAUACUUUGAAUUUUGUAGUGUCUGUAUUUCCAUUUGAAGGUAUUGUGACAUUUUUAUUAGAUAAAUUCUCAUUAAUAUUUGUAGUUUUAACUGCGUUUACAGUUCAUAUUUGUAUGUUUGUAAAUUAUAAUAUGUCUAAUAAAAAGUAUGUUGAGAUGUUUAUAUUAUUAAUGUUAAUUCAAUCUAUAUUAACAUUGGCAUUUUUAACUAAUAAUAUAAUAGCUUUUUAUAUGUUAUUUGAACUAGUAUUAAUUCCUAUUUUUUUUAUAAUUGGUAUUUGGGGUUCUAGGAAUAGAAAGGUUUUAGCUGCAUUUCAAUUAUUCUUGUACACAUUAUUUGGUUCUUUAUUUAUGGUUUUCGCUAUUGCCUAUAUAUAUGUUACUAAAGGAACUUUAGUGUUGAAUGAUCUUAUAGGUACUGAUUGGUCAUUCUUAGAAGAAAGGUUAUUAUGGUGUGCAUUUUUUUUAGCAUUUGCAAUUAAAAUUCCUAUGGUUCCAUUUCAUACAUGGUUACCAGAGGCGCAUGUAGAGGCGCCUACAUCUGGGUCUGUAUUAUUAGCAGCAUUGCUUUUAAAAUUGGGUACUUUUGGAUUAAUAAAGUACUCAUUAGCAUUAUUUCCAGAUGCAUCUUGGUACUUUGCUCCUUUUGUUUAUUUAGUUAGUUUGAUUAGUAUUUUGUAUAGUUCACUAACUACAUUGAGACAAAUUGAUUUAAAAAAAAUUAUUGCUUAUUCAUCGGUGGGUCAUAUGAAUUUUAUUACUCUUGGAAUAUUCUCGUUUAAUGUUCAAGGAUUAGAUGGGGCUCUAUUGAUUAUGGUUAGUCAUGCAUUUAUUUCUUCUACAUUAUUUAUAUUAGUGGGUUCUUUAUAUGAUAAAUACCACACUAGAGUAUUAAAAUAUUAUAGAGGAUUGACAGUAUUUAUGCCGAUAUUAAGUACUGUGUUCUUUAUAGCUGUUUUAGGAAAUCUAAGUAUGCCUGGAACAUCUAACUUUGUAGGAGAAUUUUUAAUAUUAAUAGGAACAUUUCAAAAAUCACCAACAACUGCAGUUAUAGCAGGAUUAUCAAUUAUUUCUACAGCCGCAUACUCAAUUUGGCUUUAUAAUAGAGUAUUCAUGGGAAGAUUAAGUAUUCAUAUUCAUCAAACUAGGGAUAUAAACUAUGACAUGACAUUACCAGUAAGCAUAGUUCUAAUCUUUUUAUUUAUUGGAUUAGGAGUAUACCCUAAAAUUCUAUUAGAAUCUCAUAUGACACCUCUAUUAAUAAAAACACAACUAUAA